AUGUUAGAAAGAAAUAAUAUAACAAAUCGACUCUAUGUUUCUCCCGAACUCUUAAAAGACAAUUGGGAACCAGGACAAGGAACUCAAAAAGGCGAUGUUUACAGUUUUGCCAUUAUAUUGCAGGAAAUUUUACUUCGAUGUAAACCCUAUGUUACUCCAAAAACAUUAAAUAUAAAAACCGAUGAAUUAGAUCAUAAAGAAAUAAUUCAGAGGGUAAAAGGAAAUUAUAAACCUCCUUUUCGUCCAUCUUUAUGUGAAGAAAUUUUAAAUGAAAUUCCUACAGAUUGGAUACAGUUGAUAAAGAGUUGUUGGGAAGAAAAUCCCGAUUUUAGGCCCAAUUUUCAGCUAAUAAAUAUGAGUUUAAAGAAAAUGAAUAAGGGAAAAGAAGAAAAUGUUGUAGAUAAUUUACUCAAAAGAAUGGAAAUUUAUGCUAGUAAUUUGGAAGUUUUAGUACAAGAAAGAACUAAUGCUUAUGUUGAACAGAAAAAAAAAGCUGAUGACUUGUUAUAUAGAAUAAUGCCACAAUCUGUUGCAGAAAAAUUGAAAUUAGGUUUAGUGGUUGAACCCGAAACUUAUGAAAAGGUAACCAUUUAUUUUAGCGAUAUAGUUGGAUUUACAUCAUUAUCUUCAGAAAGCACGCCUUUUCAAUUUGUGUGGAAAAUUAUAUUUUUGUGUGUAAGAAAAAUAAAUAAAGAAAGGAAGAAUCAAGUAAAAAUAUAUCAAGUAAAAAAACAGGUGGAAACCAUUGGCGAUGCUUACAUGGUGGUAUCGGGUGCGCCCAUCUUAAAUCAAAAUAAUCAUGCGCGAGAAAUAUCACGAAUGUCUCUUGCUUUAUUGCAUGCCAUAAAAUCAUUCAAAAUAAGGCACAAACCUAAUAUGCAACUUAAAUUAAGAAUCGGGAUUCAUUCAGGUCCAGUAGCGGCAGGGGUUGUUGGUUUAAAAAUGCCUAGAUAUUGCCUGUUUGGACACACUGUAAACGCAGCAUCGUGCAUGGAGUCCAGCGGGGAAGGUGCCCUAAAAAUUCAUAUCAGUUCUAACACCAAAGAAAUCUUAGAACAAUUUGGAAGAUUUGAGUUUGAAGCUAGAGGGCCGAUAGAAAUGAAAGAUAAAAGAAUAAUUGAAACAUAUUGGCUUUCAGGGGAAAAAGACCAACAAAAUUCUUAUAUUAUUUAUAAUAUUUCUGCUAUUAAAAACCUUCAAAAUGAUGAACGACCCACUCACUCAUUAAGCUCACCUUAUAGAAGAACUUCGAGGAAAAGGGGAAGGAGAGGAUUAUCCGAAUCAAUUACUAAAUUUGAUACCGAUUCAAGCUCUAUAGAUGAGAGUAAAGAUGAAAAUUUGGAUAUUAAUUCGCCAUCUACCCCUCUGAUUAUGCCAGACAAUGGUGUUCCAAAAAAGAACACAAGAAAUUUCUUAAUUUCAAGCAUAUUAAAACUUCAUGAAGAUUUGUUUGCUAAAAGUACUGAUUUUAUAUUAAACUCAAAUGAAAAGAUUAGACACAAGUCCGAACUUCAGUGCAAAGGGAGAAGUGUAAAAAGCUUAAAUGAAAAUAAUAUUAAAAUGUUAAUUCCAUCUGGUGAGGAAUCGAAAAACAUAAAAAACGAAAACUUUCGACCAACAUCUUCCGAAUUUACUAAGUUUCAGAUUAAGGAUUUACCUAAAGACCAAGGCCCAGAAGUUAAACCAUCUGGGCUUAAUUCAUCAUAUAAUGAUAAAUUAGCACAGGAUGUUUGGCUGAACUAUGUUACAUCCAAUACGAUGGCCUAUGGCUACUUUUACGAAGUGACUAUGGAUCCUUACUAA